UGAAAGAAAGCGAGUACGUAGAGAUUUACACACUAUCUCUCUCUCUCUCAUUGGUUUCAUCGAUCCUCAAGCUCUGAACUUCCAAGAGAAAAAAGGCCUUUUCUCUGCCUCCUCUCCUCAGACGGAUUCCUCAAAACACGCACGCACACACUCGCUCUUUUUCUGCGACUCUUACAAUUCAAUCACUUUUCCUCCUUCAUUCUCAUCAAACACUUGCUAAGAUUAGCUAGAAAUAGCUGAAAUCAAUGGCGUCUUCACUUUCCACAACUGCCUCCGCUUCUGCUUCCGCUGUCUCCAAAACCACUGCCAAUUUCCCUCACUACAAUACUUCCGCUGUUUAUAGGGUCUCCUUUCGCCUCUCUCCUGCAUCCAAGUUCCGCUUUUGCGCCAAGGGUCUGAAGCAUGGUCGUGACAGCUCCACCUUUGUGAAAGCCCAGCUGAAUGAGGUUUCUGUGGAUGGAUCCUCAAAUGCUGCUGCCUCACCUUCAAACAAAUCGGAACCACCAUCUACAGAAGCAAAGGAUGCUAAGCCAUCAAAUGAGUCUUCGCCUCCAACUUUGGCAACAGAGGAGUCAAUAUCUGAAUUUAUUACACAAGUUGCAAGCCUUGUGAAGCUGGUUGAUUCAAGAGAUAUUGUGGAGUUGCAGUUAAAACAACUUGAUUGUGAACUGAUAAUCCGGAAAAAGGAGGCGUUGCCUCAGCCCCCUUCUCCUGCUCCAGUGGUUAUGAUGCACUCACCUUCACCACCACCAUCAAUGCCUCCAGCCUCACCUGCGGCUUCCGCUGCAGCCUCUAUUCCAGCUCCUGCUGCUUCACCCCCAUCACCUGCACCUUCUGCUGCUAAAUCACCUAAGUCAUCACUUCCACCACUUAAAUGCCCUAUGGCAGGUACAUUCUACAGAAGUCCAGCACCAGGUGAACCCCCCUUUGUGAAGGUUGGAGACAAAGUGCAGAAAGGACAAGUCGUAUGCAUCAUUGAAGCCAUGAAAUUGAUGAAUGAAAUAGAAGUAGCUUGAUUUCCAUCUGACGAAUCAUUGUCCUGGAAGUUAUUGGCAUUCUAGUUUAUAUUGUAUGAUACGAUAGCCUCCGAAAUUCUGAAAUUAUAUAGUUAAUCUAUUUUAGGAUUUUAGGGAAUCGUGCUGGAAAGAUGUAGGUGCAACUAUUUCAGGUUAAGAAAUUGAGUGGAGGAGAAAGAAUUUAAUUAUCAGUAUAAAUCAUAUUAGGAGAGAAAGAGAUAUGGUUACUCAGUAUUCAUGAAGAUGUGGGCAAAGAUGAAGAGAGUAAGGAAAAGAAGAAGAAGAAGAAGAAGAACAAGAAGAAGAAGAAGAAGAAGAAGAAGAAGAAGAAGAAGAAGAGAAGAGAACAGAAAUAGAGAAAAUCACACUAGGAGUGGGAAAGGGGAGGCUGUAGGAAUAUACCCUAGAAAGCAAAUAAACUUAUCCUAAGAUGCAUUGCGACCUUCUGUUACAAAGAGGAGACUACUUCACAUUAAAGCUUUUCACAAGUUUGCCGUUUGUGACCUACAUAUCAUCAACUAUUUGUGUAUAAAGUGAGGUUAAUGCUAAAAUGAAAAUUGCUAUUAAUUGGCAGCAAAUUUCAAAGUUGAAACGUAAUUAGUAGUUGAAUGUUUGCUAGUUCAAGGCAUUUUAUUUAUUUAUAUUUUGAAAUAUCUCUAUUUGUUUUCUU